CGAUCUGCUCAGGCGCGCCUUACACAAGUUGGAGGCUACGACGGGUGAGACGAUAUUCAGUCGACAACAGGAAGAGGAAGCGCAAAGGCUCGCGAAGGGCCGAGCCAACACUAGAGCCGGCGAGAUUGCUGUGGACAAAACCGAUCUUUGGGUUGCUGGCAGGGUAGACAAUCAACGGCGAGCAAGCACACGGUAGCUGAACCGCAAAUAGACGCAAUCCCAUAUCACACCCCCACCGGGCUUUAAUGAUACGGUAGCGCACGAACUAAGGAGUGCAGACAUGUACUGCUUGACCAUAUGUACAAUCUCGGCCAAUCGAGCGAUUCUGAGAGCGCCACCACCUCCGACACUGACUCAAUGCACGCACAAGUCCACUGUGACAGGGUGUAUACUCCGGACUUCUUAGCCCCGCGCUAUCACCACUCCUUGUCGUCGUCCGCCCGCAGCAGUAGUACCGACGCAUGUUCCGAUGGUCUGGCGGCACGCGACUGUAGUGCUGUUGACCAUAACCAUGCCGUGCAAAGGGACGACGCGCCCGACGCUUAUAAAACACCUCGUGGACGGAACAAAGACGAGUCUAAGCAUUUCGGGCGAUUCCACGACAACCUGACCGACACUGAAGGCUACUCUGUAGACUAUGAGAGCUGCAGCCUUCUUUACCGCAAUCAGACGGUGCAGACUGAGGAUACUGGCGUACAGCAUCACACGCGCAGCGCUCCGCAGACUACUUCGCCCACUCCGCUCUGUGAGUCGGCUCAUGGUUCGGAGGAGGUGAACAGGGACGACCAAUCUCUCCUGUCAACGGACCGACAGUCCCUGGAAAGCGUGCAACAAGACAGUUUUCAGUUGAUCGUUCACUUGUUCGACCGUGUGGAAAGGCUGGAAAGGGCAAUAGGCAUCGGACCUCCUAGGCGGUUUCUGUGGAUUGCAAACGCUGGGCGGUACCGUCAGGGUGGUGUACGGGGACUACGUGACCGGCGUGGAGGAGGUCAAGGGCGGGUUCGGAGAGUCUUGAAUACGCUGUUUGGCUAAAUCGACUGAGAUGACGUCGGCCUUUCUUACCCCAGUAGACGAUCUGCUGUGUCGUAGAACCAUAAGCAGGUGCAGAUCGCAGGCUCUUCAUUGGUCUCAAAAGCGUUAUGAAGGACAUCCCUUAACUUCACGAGCC